CAUGCGCAUUCGAUACCUAACCGCCAUCUUUGAUUUGGCCAGUUUUGGUGUUUGUAUUUUUUUUUCGUCCAAAGUUUUUCUUCGUAUUUCAAUUCUAGCCGUUUGAAGUGAGCUAUGAGUCUGUCUUUGAGAUCUGACUUCGGUAUGGACAAGUCCAAACGUCGGAAGCGUCGGGAGCUGACAGAAGAACAGAAGCAGGAAAUCAAGGAGGCCUUCGAGCUGUUCGACACUGACAAGGAUCACGCCAUCGACUACCAUGAGCUCAAGGUUGCCAUGCGAGCUCUCGGGUUUGAUGUUAAGAAGGCUGACGUUCUGAAGAUCCUACGGGACUACGACAGGGAAGCCACGGGGAAAAUCUCAUAUGAAGAUUUCUCGGAAGUCAUGACAGAUAUGAUGCUUGACCGUGACCCGAGAGAAGAGGUGAUGAAGGCGUUCCGUCUGUUUGACGAUGACGACUCCGGGAAGAUCAGUCUGCGGAACCUGCGGCGCGUGGCGCGGGAACUCGGGGAGAACAUGACGGACGAGGAACUACGAGCCAUGAUCGACGAGUUCGACAAGGACGGAGACGGGGAAAUCAAUGAGGAAGAAUUCCAUGCCAUCAUGACAGGAGACACAUAGACUCUACAUAUCAAACAAGUAUCUCCACAUCUAUCUGUUGUGUCAUACAGUCUUCCUAUCUGAAACUAAAACAUGUUCUGUGAUUCUUAUUUAUUCUGGUAUUCUCUCUUCAGCAAGAUGUACUAUUUAAGCUCAACCUCUUCCACUGUAGGAAACAUUUUUUCUGUCUGUAUUCCUAAAAAAAACUCCACCUCAAAUGAAAAAAAAUGAUGGUACUCAGUCAUAUUGGUCAACAGUAUAGACCUAGACCUCUCAACUGCUGUAAAGUUUUACAUUUAUACUGUACAUGUAUGAUGUAGAAUUCAAGAUUGCACAUGUAUGUCUACUGAGAUGUAAACUAACGUUUCUAGGGAUAUAUCUAUCUAAGAUAACUUAAGGAGUGUGUGAAAAUCUAUAGUACUUUUGGAUAACAAUCCGUACAUAGAAAAUGGUAUAGAAAUGUUCUAUACCACCCCUUUCUGAUGCUUUUAAAUAGAAUAGAUACAUUUUGAUACUUGUGUGAGGGAUACUAGUAGUAGGUUAGGAACAAUACCAAGUAGCAAUGAGCUUUCAAUCUAAGGUUAAAUAUUUGUUGUAUCUAUUAUGUAAUUGCUAUAUACAGUCUGUUGUUUUUUUACUAAGGAGUUUUUGUUUGUUUCUUUUUGUGAUACACAAUACUUUGUUGAUGCUGUAUUACAUGGAAUGUCCAGCAUAUUCUCAACAGCAGUGGACAUGAAGAAAAUGACCACAGUAGAUAGUUGGCCACUCAUUAUACUAGUAAUAGACAGAAUCAAUGGGAAAAGUAAUCUUAGG